UCCUUUGAACAAUUCAUACAACCUUCUCUCUUUUUGGUGAUAUGGUGAUCUGUAGCUACGCUAGGUUCUCUGCCUUUGACUCUUUGAGUGAUUCCUACAACCUUAUCUGAUUUUGGUAAUCUCUAGCUACCACUUGAUACUAUACCUAGCUUUCUUCCCUUUGGUUUCAGCUUUUCUUCUCCAUCGUUGUUUUGUGGCUUCAAUGGCCUUGUGCCCCCAUUCAGCCUCUGCAUCUUUUCCUUCAUCAUCAGCUCCUCGAUCAAAGCAUGAUGUGUUUCUCAGUUUUAGGGGUGAAGACACUCGCAAGGGUGUUGUAUCCUAUUUAUACCAUAAAUUGGAAAACAGAGGAAUACAAACAUUCAUGGAUGACCAAGGGCUUCAGCAAGGGAUGCCUAUUUCUCCAAGUCUCGUAGCUGCAAUAGAGGAAUCGAGGUAUGCAAUCGUUCUUCUGUCUCCAAACUAUGCUUCUUCUACAUGGUGUUUGGAUGAACUUGUGAAGAUUCUUCAAUGCUCUGAAGCCAAGAAGACACCAGUUCUGCCAAUUUUUUAUUAUGUGGAUCCCUCUGAUGUGCGAAAUCAAAGGGGAAGUUUUGCAGAAGCCUUCACUAAGCAUGAAGAGAGGUAUAGGCAAGGCAAUGAUGAUGUAGAGAAGGUGAAGAAGUGGAGAGCUGCUUUAACACAAGUGGCCAAUCUCUCUGGGUUGGAUUCAAACAAAUUUGGGUCUGACAGAGAACUUGUCCAACGCAUUGUGGAACUUGUGUGCCGUGAUGUAAGGCCUAUUUCAAUAAUGUCGAGCAGCAAUUUUGAAGCAUUUGAAUCAACAAGAAAAGCCAUGAAUGAGCUGAUGGAGGCAUUAGAAGAUGAUGAGGUCGCUGCCAUUGGGGUCUAUGGAAUGGGAGGGGUUGGGAAGACAACCAUGGUGAAACAUUUCGGUGCACAAGCCCAAAAAAUGGGGCUUUUUGAUCAUGUGAUUAUGGCUGUUGUAUCCCAAACCCCAGAUAAAAGAAAUAUUCAAGGCGCACUUGCGGAUCUGCUGGGCUUGAAAUUGGUGGAGGAGACAGAAAUUGGACGAGCCAGUAGAUUGCAGAAGGAGAUACUUAGAAGAAGCAAGAUCCUUAUAAUCUUAGACGACAUUUGGAAUAGACUGGAGUUGUCAAGCAUUGGAAUUCCCAGCUACAACGAGCUUCAAAUAUGCAAUUCCAAAGUGCUACUCACCACAAGGAGAUUGAAUGUUUGCCAUACCAUGGAGAGCCAAGCAAAAAUUCAUCUCAGUAUCUUAUCAGAAGAAGAUGCUUGGAACUUGUUUUUGAAGAAGGCAGGAAAGUCUUUUCGGAAGUCUACCGCUUUCUAUGAAGUAGCCAGAAAGGUAGCUCGAGAAUGUGCUGGUCUCCCAGUUGCAUUGAUAGCAGUUGCGAGGGCACUUGGAGAUAAAGAUUUUGAAGCCUGGAAAGAAGCAGCUCGACAACUUGAGAUGUCUCAACCUGCCAACCCUGAACAGGACAAAGAUGUGUUCAAGUGUAUAAAGUUGAGCUAUGACUACUUGGACGAUAAUGCCGAUGUGUCCAGAAGUCAAGCCAAGUACUGCUUCUUGCUCUGCUGCCUAUUCCCAGAAGAUUAUGAUAUCCAAAUAGAAGACAUUAUGAAGUAUGUCUUCCGAACAGGAUUGUUCCGAGAUGACAACAGCACAAUAGAGAAUGCCAGAGCCAACGCAAAAUCAGUGAUUGACCACCUUAAAGAUUCUUGUUUGCUUUUGGACGGUUCAAAGGUCGGAUGUAUAAAGAUGCACGAUGUCAUUCGAGAUAUUGCCGUGUCCAUUGCAUCAGAUGGCCAACAUUUUUUGGUGAAAACUCGUUGUGAUUUAAAAGAUUGGCCGAUGGAUGCGCAUGAGGGCUGCUCAGCAAUCUCACUAAUUGAGAGCAACAUUUGCAAGCUUCCCAACAAGUUGGUAUGUUCAAAACUUCAGAUUUUAUUGCUACAACAAAAUGCUUGUAUAAUAAAGAUCCCAAAAACCUUUUUUCAAUGUCCCAAUGAUUUAAGGGUCUUAGAUCUUAGCAAUACUGGCAUUUCAUCACUGCCCCCAUCAUUCAGUCUCCUAACCACACUCCAAGCUUUGCAAUUAGAUAAUUGCCGGUACCUUAGGGACAUAUCCAUACUUAGAAAACUGAAAAAGCUCGAGAUUCUUAGUAUGAGAGACUGUUCUAUUAAGAAAUUUCCAAAAGAGAUAGGAAAUUUGACCAAAUUAAGAAUGCUGGACUUGACCAAAACUAGUUUUGAGACAGUUCCCUCUCAAGUGAUAACAAGGUUGUAUAAACUAGAAGAACUGUACAUGAACUAUAGUUUUGGCUACUGGGGUAGUAAAGUUAAGGGAGGCUUCUUGUGUUUUCUUCGUAAGAAUGCUAAGUUUGAUGAGUUAACUGUCUUGUCACGUUUAAACACUUUGGAGGUUUCCGUAUAUGGUGUAGAAUGCUUGCCUCAAAAUGUUGAGCCCAUUCCAAAUUGGGUCAACUUUUAUAUACGUAUCAGAAGAUUCGGGUUCAGAAAUUCCACUAGGGGAGAUCACAUUCCACAUCCUUCUUCAAGAGCAUUGAUCAUUGACACAACCAUGAAUAACUUACCCAAUUGGUUCAUCAGUGUGGUGACAGAAAAAACAGAGGAUUUAUGGUACAACUGCUGCAAUGGCUUAACUAACCUUCUCGAGGAACACGACCGUGGGAGAUUACAUGGACUCAAGUAUCUUUGUCUAGAAUCUGUAUAUGCAGAAGUGUUGUUCAACACAAUUACAUGGCCUAAGGGGUCAAAUGAACCUGUGUUUGAGCACUUGGAAGAGUUGAAAAUCUAUUUCGGGCAUUGCCUGGAGGAGCUAUGUGUUGGUGAUUUACCAACUGGCUCUGUACGUAAUCUUAAGAUAUUGAAUGUGCAAUCUUGUUCUAGGUUGGUGAAACCACUUUUACCGUCAAAGUUGUUGCACAGAUUACAGAGUCUGGAAAAACUAGUAUGUUCUUAUGUAGUUAUGAAUUAUGUGUUUGGAUUUGAAGGGGAUGAACCACAACACGUUGUCUUUACAAAGUUGAGAAUGAUUUCACUGAGACAAAUGUACCGGCUAAUAAACAUAUGGAAUGGUCCUGCUCCACCUGGAAUCUUCCAGAGCCUCAAAAUCUUUUACUUGAAGGAUUGCCCAAUACUGAAAUAUCUCUUCACAUCUGAAGUAGCUCGAUGUCUUUUGCAAUUGGAAGACGUUUGGGUAGAGUGUUGUAGUAGAUUGGACAGACUAAUUGAAGCAACUGAGGAAACAGAGAGCAACAAGAUUGUUCUUCCACAAUUGAAAAACCUAGUUUUGAAACGUCUUCUAAAGCUCACAAGGUUCUCCAGUACCAGCAGCAGUACUAUUAUUAUUGAAAUCGAGUGCCCUUCAUUGCAACACUUGUACGUGGAUGAGUGCCCCUGGGUUACAAUCUCUGCUUCUGACUUCAGCAGCAGAAACCAAGUGCCCCGGUUUCCAAUCUCUGCUUCUGGCAUCAGCAGCAGAAACCAAGUCCAACUAAAUGAUCACCAACAUAUGGGCACACUACGGGGAAGGAUCGACAAUGAAUCAAAGCUCUCACACUUUCCACUCUGGACGUGAUAAGCCUUCAAAUCCCAGAAACCACCGCCGCCCACCUUGAAGAUCUCAACUCCAGGAGUCCAGAACCGGCGGCCCCGCCCACAAAACCGGCCGGAAAAUAUCCGAACCGGCCACCAGAAGUAGCAUAAAUCCCCCUGCCCAGUUCAAAGCUUUGCUCACCACCUCCUGCAGCCAUACUCGACCACCUGCAGCGUCUACACCCCAGUAACCCGGAACCGGAAAUUUCAUCACCGGAACCGGCCAAAAUUCCACCGAACCCGCCACCGGAAUCUUCCUAACCUGAACUGGCAGAAAGGAAAAAAAAAAAAAAAAAAAAAAAAGGAGGAGGAAGCCCCAGCCCAAGCCCACUUGCUGCAGCCCAAGCCCCUAGCCCAAAAGGGUGAGCCCACGUGCAGCAAGCCGCCAAGCCGCCAAGCCACCAAGCCACCAAGCCUCUCUGCCACGUCAGCUCCGGACUGCCACAUCAGCAAC